AUGUUAGGUGGUUGCAGAUGCCUUCUUGGGGGCUGCGCGGUACCGUUUGUUCUCGGCUAUUUGAGUUCCGGUGAUCCAGAUUGGCAAAUCGUAGGUUAUCAAUCCAUCCCGUCACUUCCGCGUAGUCGUGCUCGUAGACCUCGAAUGUGUGAAGCUAUACCAGCAUCGUAUGAAAGACGAGUUGAGCAAGGACCUGCGGAGCGCAUCCAGGAUGUAUACAAUUGGCUUUGCCAAGUCAUGCCGGAAAGCGACGACGCGAAUGCCAACGGAAACAAUCAGGUCAACGAUGACCGCGAACCGAACCAUAGUAAUACAUGGAAUCGAUCGUCGACAAUUCAGAAUGGAAUACGCAGAAUUGGAGGACCAGAGGAAGUACACGAGGGCAACAUGGUGGUCAGCCUACCGGUGAGAAUGCAGAAAGGCGUAUUCGAAUUGCACUCUGGAACUACAAAUCGGGAAGUCGCACCCUCAUAA